AUGGGCGUGCUGCUCGUCGUCGCUGCGACCGGCUUCCUCCUCUGUCGCAACGACGUCUGGAUGGACGACUGCCCCCCCGCGUCGACGAGCCUCCCGCCCGCGACCCACGACCCGCCCAGCACCCGCACCUCCAUCGGCUCUGCGGCGACGCCCUCCGACGGCUUCCUGGCGGCUCUGCUCCGCCCGGCCCCGGGCGGGCCGACGGGCCCCCCGGCGGGCCGAGGGGCGCCCCCCCGGGCAGGCCGAGGGGCGCCCCCCCGGGCAGGCCGAGGAGCGCCCCCCCGGGCAGGCCGAGGGGCGCCCCCCCGGGCAGGCCGCCCUACGAGCGAGCGGACGGCCGCGCGAUGGAGGAGAGCGGCGUGUGAGAGCGCCGCUCGCAAGGCAGCGGCGGCAGCGGCGGCAGCGGCGGGGCUCGGGCCUCGGGGCGAAUCCGGCGCGGUCCCGUCGGCAUCGCCCCAUCGCCACUUCCCCGUCUCCCUGAAGACGAAGCCCCGUGCGCCGCUAGCACCGCCGAUGUCGCAGUCCGAGACUGAGCCCCCCAACUUAGACCCACCAGACCUCGGUGGUGGUGGUGCUCUCCCGGUGGAGAAUGUGGAGCUCGGCGUCAUUCUGCCGGGUGGUGAGCGUCACGUGUCUCGUUUCCACGGCAGCAAGCCGGUGAUGGACGUGCUGGUCGUGCUUUGCGGCCGCUACCGCUUGAGCCCUGCCGGCCACACCCUGGAGCUUCUCUCGAGGGACGACGCGUCGCCUCUGCGGUACAAGCCCCACACGCCCCUGGGGGCCCUUGGUGCGGGGACGGCGCUAAUCAAACCUCGGCCCGCCAGCGACGACCGACUCAAGAAGCCGACGCAGCCUGUCGUUGUCCCGGAGGUCGAGAAGUCGCACUUCAGGUUCGACCCAUGCGCUGGCUCAAGGAAGGAAUGCUUCAAGGUCGAGCCAGUACGCUGCACCCAAGAGCUGAGCCAUGGCCUUCACGACAACACCGACCUUCCUGCGAAAAAAACGAAAGGGCUUUUCAGCUUCCUGUGGCCAAAAAAAAAGAAGACCUCCAUGCCCGGAACACCAUUAAUGGGGCAGCAGCAGCAGCAGCAUCAGCGACCAAUGAGCAUGCCGUGCGUGCCCUCCCCUAUGCCGGGCACACUGCCCAGUGGCGGUGGCGGCGGCGGCGGCAAGCAGAGAGCCCCAGGAGCCCCCGUCUCACCCACCAACCCCCUGGCCACCAUCCCUGAGGACGAAGAGCCGGACAAAGACAACGUUCCGUCCGUCCCUCCCGGCAGGCAGGAGAGCGGUUUUGAGCUGAGCUCUCCAGACCAGCCGCGCCUCGCACCGGAGACCAGAAGAAGCCAGCCGCCCGCUGCACCGUUGGCCGCAUCUUCGACUGAGGCCACCACCGCCGCCGCCGAAUCGACACCGCCAUCGUCGCCACCCCCGAGAUCUGCCCCAGAACAUUCCUUGGCGGCGUUCUCGCAGCCCGGAUCCUCUUCUCCUGUGACGCCGAGCGCGGAGAAGCAGCGUCGAAGGCGGAGCAGCUCCACAGGUGAGCUCUCGCGUGCUCACAUCUUCAACUUCGAGUUUUGUUAUCAAGCGCUCUAA